UGACACCUCUGUUCUUCCGGUCCUCCUCCUCCUCUCUCUGCCUGAACCACGUCUCUGUUCCCGGGGCAGCUGCUCUCAUGUCUCCCCGGUUCUCUCGGUUCUUUUCCGGCAGACAUUCGUCCGUUCUCUGACAGCCCGUCCCCGGUCUAAGUGUCCCGGAACCCCCGGUGAGGCGGACCCGAUGCCCCGGCGGCUGCGGCUCGCGGCGGCGGUCCUCCUGUGGCUCCUGCCCGGCUGCCUGGGAGCCUCCACCCGGCUGUACGCGGAGGAGGACCCGCUGCGGAUCCUCGGCAGCCUCAGCCUCAGGCCCACCGUCACUAACUCUUCUUCGGCCUGGCUGGUCCAGUUCUACUCGUCCUGGUGCGGACACUGCAUCCAGUACUCCAGCACCUGGAAGGCCCUGGCCCAGGACGUCCAAGACUGGCAGCAGGCGAUGGGCGUGGCCGUCUUGGACUGCGCUCAGGAGGAAAACUUUGACGUCUGUAAAGAAUACGGCAUCAAGUUCUACCCAACGUUCAAGUUUUUCAAAGCCCACAGUGGAGCGGGGGACACCGGGACCACCUACAGAGGUGCAGACCGGGAGAUCCGUUCCAUCAGACAGCUGAUGGUGAACGUCCUCCAGAACCACACCAGACUGGACCGGCCGGACCACUGCCCUCCACUGGACCCCUACAGCUCUGGACAGCUCCUCCCCCUGUUGGGUCAAAGGUCAGACCACUACACCGCCAUCAUCGUGGAGGAUCCAGACUCCUACGUAGGCAGAGAGGUGAUCCUGGACCUGCUCCAGUUCUCUGGGGUGGAGGUCAAGAGGGCGCUGAGCUCCGAUCGCCCCCUGGUGGACGCUCUGCACGUCACAGCGCUGCCCACCGUCCACCUGCUGCACCCCAACGGAACACACACACACCUGCACGUGCAGAAGAGGCUGCGCUUCUUCUUCUCCUCAUUGCUAAGGACGUUGCCGGGCGUCCAGCGCAGGUCCAGGUCCAGCAGCAGUAGCUCCUUCAACGCACACACGGGGGCGCUGUCCGACACCCACAGCCCUGAACCCUGGAGGGACAUGGACCGGUCCAGGGUGUACACCGCCGACCUGGAGUCGGCCCUGCACUACGUGCUCAGGGUCGAACUUGCAACCCAUGAUGCCCUGGAGGGGGAGGAGCUCAAGAUCUUCAAGGACUUUGUGACUCUGGUUGCCAAGCUCUAUCCAGGAAGGGCGUCGGUGGUGAAGCUGAUGGAGACGCUCUCUGAUUGGCUGCUCAGUCUGCCGCUGCAGCGAAUCCCGUAUCAGGCUGUGCUGGACCUGGUGGACAACAAGAUGAGGAUCGCAGGUGUGUUCCUGGGGGCGGAGCUUCGCUGGGUCGGUUGCCAAGGCAGCAAACCAGGUUUGCGAGGUUACCCGUGCGCCCUGUGGACUCUGUUCCACGUCCUGACGGUCCAACACGAGGCCACGCCCACCGCGCUGGACAACACGGGUCUGGAGGGGGCGGCGCCGGUGCUGCAGGUGAUGCGCCGCUACAUCCGCACAUUCUUCGGCUGCGAGGAGUGCGGACGCCAUUUUGACCAGGCGGCGGCGGGACACCUGGAGCAGGUGAAGAGCAACGAGGAGCAGAUCCUGUGGCUCUGGAACCAACACAACCAGGUCAACUACCGACUGGCAGGUUCCCUCAGUGACGACCCCCUCUUCCCCAAAGCCUCCUGGCCCAGUCCCUCCCUCUGCGCCUCCUGCCAUGAGGAGAAAAAUGGGAUCCAUGUCUGGAACCAGGACCAGGUCCUGUCCUUCCUCCGGAGACACUAUGGAGCCUCCAACCUGUCGCCCCAGUACGCCCUGAGUCCGCCACGCCUGACUCCGCCCCCUCCCACGGGACGCAAACACACCGACCGCCCCAAACAGGAGGAGGAGGAGAAAGAGUACCAAGAGGAGAGGAAGGAGCCGGACAGGAAGGUUGAGGAGCAGCUGGAUCUACGGCCCGGCCUCCAGCCCCUCAGGGGAGAGGACCAGGUGGAGGUCCAGAGACCUGGGUCAGGAGGAGCAGGAGGAGGUGUGAGGAUCCUGGGUCUGGGCUUUAACAGUGUGGACAUGAGUCUGUGUGUGGUUCUGUACAUCUGCUCCUGCCUCUUCCUCAUGCUCCUCUUCUUCUUCUUCAAAGUUCGGUCCAGGAGGUGGAAGCUGCGACACAGCCGCCUCCACGUCUGAACCGGUUUAAACUGGUCUGAACCAGUGGUUUAAACUGGUCUGGAUACGGAACAGAGACCUUUAAGGACCAGAUCAGGAGGAACCCACUCUCUGGGUGAAGGUCCAGACUCGGUGUCCACAGGACCUUCAUGAAACUCGCAGGAUUCUUCUUCUCCUGAAAGUAUUUCAGUUUUGGGGCCAAAUGUUGAACCUCUCAGAGUUUGUACCUGCGUCACAAAUGUUCUACUUUAGGAAUCUGAUGAAUGGGUGGAGCAGAAUGUGACGAUAGUGCCCUCUAGUGAAUAAAAAAAUAAUAAUUAAAUCCUUGGCAUGAUGUUUGAAGUAGGAGGACCACCUUUGGUCAACACUUGGACCAGGUCCAGGUGCAUUAAAACCCAACAGGAAGUCCACCUUUUUUUUUUUUUUUUUUUUUUUUUUUUUGCUAUAGAAAAUGAACCAUAAGGUUCUUAAUGAUGGUUUUCCACUGGAUGCUGUUGCCAUGGUGAUGUGGGAAAUGUUGAUAUUUCACCAGAAGUUCUUCAGUCAUGCCCCCAUGACGGCCCAGGUCCUAACAUUUAACCCUACGAUUGUUUAUGUUUUUACUGUUGGAAAACGCAGAUGUGACCUGGUCCACAGGUGAACCUGAUCCACUGAUCAGAACCUGAUCAGAACCAGCUUAGGCCUCUAGAAAAACUAGAUAUUUUUACACGAAGGGCGUAAAUAUUAGGUAGUUCAAGUCUGUUUUAUAUGAACAUCCUGGACACAAACUAAAGCACAAGGUUCUGAGGCUUCGGUCCACUGAGUGAACGUUACAUCACAGAUGACACAAUGACAUCACACAACCUCCAAAUAUCAGAAUAAAACAGAAUUCAAGUUCCAUUCACUUUAAAAUGACUUGAUUUUUCAGUUUAACUUAAAAACUGAUGAAAACCUUUUGUUUUAAAAUAGGAAAUAUUACAAAUUGCCCCUUUUAAAAAAGCAACAAAAUCAGCUGAUCAGGUGUCGCUGUGGUCCUGUCACAGAUCUGUCCAAUCAGGACAGGUGUACUCUGGUCACCAUGGCGACAGUCAGCACUGGCCAGGUCAUGUGACAAGUGUCUUACAAACUAACUUUAGAGCACACGCGUGUCAGCGGGAUCUCAGGGAACGACGGAUCUGCUCCGGAUCUGAGGGGAGUACUGGACUGUGAGGCGUUUAAAGUCAGUCUGGUUUUUAUAGUUGUGAGACAUUUUGUACUAAAACAUGAGAACAGAACCAGCCCAGGACGUGAAGUGGACCCGAUGUGGACCUGGUCUGGACCCGGUCUGGCCUGACCUGCACCCGGUCUGGACCUGAUCUGGAACCUCCAACUGGACUUCUUCAACUUUUCAAACUGGAUUUUAUUUAUUUGUGUUGCUGUUGUUGGGUCAUGUGACUCAGUGCCAAAUGUCUUAAGAUGAUGACCAUCCGUUGACUCUGAUUGGCUGCCUGUCCUCUGAUGCUCUGCCUAUGGGUGGGUGUGGCCUGUUGUAUCACUGGACCUGAACUGUGGUGAUGUGAUUUACUGUGAACCUCGGCGCCGUCCUGACCAAUGGAUCCUACAAACAAAUGGACCGACGGAGCGUUUCAUUGGUUGAAGGUGUUAUUGAUCAGCUGAACGGUUUAGUUUUCUCUUGGUGUGUUUGUGGAUUUAGUGACCGACCUCCUGUGGAGACUUUACACUAAAACUGUACAAUACUGAAUGGAGUCUGUUCGCAGCUUAAUAAAAGAAAACGCAUUGAUCUGGUC